AUGUUUCGGAUUGUGGUGCUGUCUUUGGUGAUCUCCGUCGUGUAUGGCUCGAGUACCGAACCAAACUUUGCUGAUGGUCGAACCGUGAUCGUACACCUAUUCGAAUGGAAAUGGACUGAUAUCGCCGAAGAAUGUGAAAGAUUCAUCGGACCCCACAAGUUCGCCGGUGUUCAGGUUUCUCCGCCGAGCGAGCACCUGAUAUUCUCCACCAACCCCUAUAACCCUCCCUACCCGUACCCCUGGUGGGAGCGCUACCAGCCACUCAGCUACCAGCUCAACAGCAGAAGCGGAACAGCGGAGGAGUUCGCUGGUAUGGUGGCACGGUGUCUGGCUGUCGAUGUCCGCAUCUACGUCGACGCCGUCAUCAACCACAUGGCUGGUGGUAGCUAUGACUUCCCAGGCGUUCCUUUCACAGAGAAUGAUUUCAACGUCAAACUUGGAUUGUGUCCAACCGAUGAUGGCGGUAUUCAUGAUAUCAAUAAUACAGUUGAAAUGCGUUACUGCAACCUGCUUGGUCUGAGUGACAUACACUAUGGGGAAUUGAACGGCUACUAUGGCAGAGACAAGGUUGUAGAAUAUCUCAAUACUAUGAUAGACAUGGGCGUGGCAGGGUUCCGGAUUGAUGCAGCUAAACACAUGUACCCUGCUGAAUUGGACGAUGUGGAAAUUCGCCUUCACGACUGUACGUUUGGAGGCAGGCCAUAUAUCUAUCAGGAGGUCAUUGACCGAUUCAGCAACGAGGUCAUUAUGCCUAGCGAGUACUUUCAAACCGGUGACGUUACCGAGUUUAAAUUCUGCGAUCAAAUGGCCUUACUCGGACGAGCCUCUGUCCCACCUGAUCAGUUUCAAGCGUUUGGUUUUGAUCCGAGAUGGGGGAUGAUGCCGAGUGAAAACGCGAUCGUCUUCGUCGAGAACCACGACAACCAACGCAACCAUGGAGGCGGAGGCGAUAUCCUGUCGUUUGAAGAACCGCGCGAAUACAAGAUCGGUCUCGCGUUCGGUUUGGCGUGGAAUUACGGAACUGCGCGUAUUUUCAGCGGGUAUGUCUUUGUAGAUAGCGACCAGGGACCGCCCUCUGAUAGUUCAGGUAAUACAGACGACGUCGUGAUCAACGCGGAAGGAUUAUGCGAUGGUGGUUGGGUUUGUGAACAUCGCUGGAGGGCGAUACGCAACAUGGUCUGUUUCCGUAACGUUGCUGGGGAUGAGCCGGUUGAUAACUGGUGGGACAAUGGCGAUAAUUUCAUCGCCUUUUCUCGGGGCGACAAGGCCUUCUUCGCCUUGAACAACGAGAUGAUUCGUCAAUCGGAGACUCUGCAGACAGGACUACGAUCCGGGACAUACUGUGAUCUGAUCACGGGUGAGCCUACGACCACGGGCUGCUCAGGAACAUCCGUGGUCGUCGAUGACGAUGGAUUAGCCUACAUCGAUCUGCUACCGAGUAACAAUGAGCGAGACGCGAUGGUAGCAUUGACCAUUGCUGCUACGUCGGGUCGGUCUGAUUAUACUGGAUGUGUAGUCGAAGCGGGGACAGUACAAUUAAAAGCUAAUGUAUUAUUGAUUGCAGUCAUUGCAUUACUGCUUUUCAUUCAUUAAACAUUCAACGGAAUCAUGAAUCACGGAAUAUUCAACAUGUUCAAAGCAAAUAAUAUUCAAACUUACAAUGACUAUUAAAAGAUAAACGUAAUGUGAGAACAGAGUCGCAAAAGUAGAGUAGCAACAUUUUCUCUCCCUCUCUAUUACCACCUCUCUCUCUCUCUCUCUCUCUCUCUCUCUCUUCUUUGAUUCUUUUUCUCUUCCCUCUAUCUUCCGCCCCGCCUUGGAAGAGUCCGAUUUCGAUGAUAAUCCUCUCUUCCUGUUUUCCAUCUUAUCCUCUCAAAUAACAUUUGUCCGUUUGCUCUUUGUUCCUCAAAUAAAAACACUAACGUUGUACCAUGUCACCUUUGUAUCCAAUAUCGUUUAACAGCGUUUAGUGACAGAUAAAGUCAAUGUUUGUUUGUUAUUGAUUGUACUUGACGUUGUGUUUGGUAUAUUGGUCACCAUGGUACCUUGUUUCUCAUGUUUCCAUGAUUACCGUACGUAGACAGUGAAGAGAAUCAUGAUUGUUCUGAUGUUUAGCUUGGUACAUAUAUACAAAGUUAUCAUGUUAACAAUGUUUCUAUGA